GGCCUCUGAAGACAAGAUUCUUUUCAAAUUGUCUUUAGUGCUCGUGUCUGUGCCUUAGCUGGGGCUGUCAUGACGCUGCUGGAGCCCGACAUGCUAAUGACUGCCGUGCGCUCAGUGCUCCAGUUGAAGCUUCAGCAACGACGGACCCGGGAGGAGCUGGUGAGCCAAGGGAUCAUGCCGCCUCUGAAAAGUCCAGCUGCAUUUCAUGAGCAGAGAAGGAGCUUGGAGCGGGCCCGGACAGAAGAUUACUUGAAACGGAAGAUCCGCUCGCGUCCAGAGAGAUCCGAGCUUGUCAGGAUGCACAUUUUGGAAGAGACCUCGGCCGAACCUUCCCUCCAAGCCAAGCAGCUGAAGCUGAAGAGAGCCAGGCUGGCUGAUGACCUCAACGAGAAGAUCGCCCAGAGGCCGGGCCCCAUGGAGCUGGUGGAGAAGAACAUCCUCCCGGUGGAGUCCAGCUUGAAGGAGGCCAUCAUCGUGGGGCAGGUCAAUUAUCCCAAAGUGGCGGACAGUUCUUCUUUCGAUGAGGACAGCAGCGACGCCCUGUCCCCUGAGCAGCCGGCCAGCCACGAGUCCCAGGGGUCAGCCCCAUCCCCGCUGGAGGGCCGAGGUGGCGAGCCCCUGACCACCUUGACUCCUGUGCCCCCCGCCCAGGUGGUGUCCCAGCUCCAGGUGUGCCCCGACUCCAGUGAACCCGCUUUCCUGGCGGAGCAGCUGUCUCCUCUGCCAGCUGCACCUCUGCUGCCACCCGGCCUCCCCAAUGGAGGAGCUGCUCCUGCUGCCAAGCCCACCCCGACCCUCAUCAAGCAAAGCCAGCCCAAAGCCCCAGGGGAGAAGCCGCCGCGCAGCAAGAAGGCCAAGGAGCUGAAGCCCAAGGUGAAGAAGCUCAAGUAUCACCAGUACAUCCCCCCCGACCAGAAGCAGGACAAGGGGGCGCCCCCCAUGGACUCAUCCUACGCCAAGAUCCUGCAGCAGCAGCAGCUGUUCCUCCAGCUGCAGAUCCUCAACCAGCAGCAGCAGCACUACAACUAUCAAACCAUCCUGCCGGCCCCGCCCAAGCCUGUGGGGGAGCCCCAGAGUAGUGGCAGCCCGGCUUCCCUGCGCACCCUCCCCGCAGCCCUGGGCGCCUCAGUCUCCAGCCCCCCUAGCGGCCUCGUGCGCCAGAGCCCCGGGACUGGCAAGCUGGGCCCGCUGCCCUCCAACCUGGAUGACAUGAAGGUGGCAGAGCUGAAGCAGGAGCUGAAGCUGAGGGCGCUGCCCGUCUCGGGCACCAAGACAGACCUGAUUGAGCGCCUCCGGGCCUACCAGGAGCACGCCGGGGUCCCCGGCCCCGCCGCAGGAGCCCCCAAGCCCGGGGCCGCCCCCAUCCUCGCCAAGGCUGGGGACGUGGUGGUGGCCUUCCCCACGGCCCGGCUCAGCGCGGGGCCGGCCCUGAUGGCCGCAGGCCUAGCGCCCGCCGAGGUCGUCGUGGCCACCGUGACCGGCAACGGGAUGGUCAAGUUCGGCAGCACGGGUUCCACGCCCCCCGUGUCUCCCACACCCUCGGAGCGCUCCCUGCUCAGUGCCGGGGACGAGACCUCCGCGAGUGGCGGCGACGCCUUCGGCGAGAUGGUGACCUCGCCCCUGACGCAGCUGACCCUGCAGGCGUCCCCAGUGCAGAUCCUGGUGAAGGAGGAGAGCCCAGUGGGCCGGGCCGAGCGCGGGGGCCGGGACCUCGAGAGCCGCGACAAGGACCAGAUGCUACAGGAGAAGGACAAGCAGAUCGAGGAGCUGACGCGCAUGCUGCAGCAGAAGCAGCAGCUGGUGGAGAUGCUGAGGCUGCAGCUGGAGCAGGAGAAGCGGGCGCAGCAGGCCGCCCCCCGCCUGGCCCGCGUCAAGCAGGAGGACGGCUUCUCCAGCUGCCAGCUCUCUGGCCCGGCCCGGAGCCCUGCCGAGCCCCUGGAGGCCAGCCCCGUGCCCCUGGUGACGGUGAAGCAGGAGGCGGGACCUGAAGAGGAGCCCCCCAGCUGCCUCCUGGCGCCGGACCUGAGCGGCCUCCUCCCGGGGCCUGCCCCGGCGCUCGUCACGGAGGCCGCGGGGACCCACAUCGUCCUCGCCGUGACCAAGCGGGACGCGGAGGACUCGGCCAGUGAUGAGCAUGGGAAAAAUGGUGGCGGUCAGAGCCCCCCUCAGGGUUUGCCCAGUCCGGGGGCUUCCCCACUUCUGCCCUUCUCGGUCCCCCCCGGCCUGCAGGCCUUCUUUCCCAAUGGCUUCCACAAGACGACCUUGAAAUCUGGCGUGGUGCCCCCUCCCAGUCUGCCCAAGAAGCCCCCCUCGGAGCCCGCCUCCCCUGCGGCCCUCCAGACCUCCCAGAUGGACCUGGACCGGCAGCCCCAGGCCCUGUUUGAGGCAGCUCCCGGGGUCAGCCCGCUGCCCACCCUGGUGAAGAAGGAGCCCCCCGGCUACGAAGAGGCCGUGAAGCGGCAGCCCAAGCCCCAGGAGGAAAACGGUUCCUCGAGCCAGCAGAUGGACGAUCUCUUUGACAUCCUUAUCCAGAGUGGAGAGAUCUCAGCCGACUUCAAGGAUCCCUCAGCCUCCCCCGGGAAGGAGCCCGGCCCGGCCCUGCCGUGCCCUUCGCCUGCCACCCCCCAGCCACCUCCAGAGCUGCCCCUGCCCCUGGGCGCCAGCCCCACCUCUGGCCGCCUGGAAGACUUCCUGGAGAGCAGCACGGGGCUGCCCCUGCUGACGGGGGCCCCAGAGGGCCCCGAGCCCCUGUCCCUCAUCGACGACCUCCACAGCCAGAUGCUGAGCAGCUCGGCCAUCCUGGACCACCCGCCUUCCCCCAUGGACACUUCGGAAUUGCACUUUGCCCACGAGCCCGGCACGGGCCUGGGCCUGGACUUGGCUGAGGGCCACCUGGACAGCAUGGACUGGCUGGAACUGUCUGGGGGGCCCGUCCUCAGCCUGGCGCCCCCCGGCAACACGGCCCCCAGCCUCUUCUCCACAGACUUCCUGGAUGGCCAUGACCUGCACCUGCACUGGGACUCCUGCUUGUAGCCUCCGGUGGCCAGCCGCCACCACCUCCCUCUGGGCCCCUUUUCUGGCCAGCCAGGGGAGGAGUCUGGGACCACAGCCGGGGGCUUCCCCGGGCCGGUCGCUCCAAAAUCGGCCGAGCCUGGGGCUUUCCUGGGCGGCCUCGGGCCAGGCUGGGGAAGUUGCUAUUUGGCCUCCAUUUUUGAGGCCCGAGGUGCCAUGCUUUCUUGUUCAGGGCAGGACUGGGAGGGGCUCAGACUCGUUCCCCCCCCCAGCUCCUGACCCUCAAUCCUCAGGGAGGAAACCCCUGGGCCCCGGCCUCGCGGGCCGUCCCGGUGCAGCGGUUGUACGCACGAGACGUGUUCUGUACAGGUGUAAAUAGCUCCAUAUUAUAUAUAUAUAUAUAUUCUCUACAUGCAUCUCUCUCUUUCUGGGGAGAGGCGGCCCAGGCUCCGGCUCACUUCCCCACCAGGCGUUGGUGCCGGGGGUGUCCCAGGUAGCCCUUCCCUGAGCCCCACGCCUUUAGGUCCUAAUGGGUGCCACAUGGGCAGAGGGGCUCUGUGGCAGCCCAGUGCCUGGGUCUUCUGCCCACCGGCCCCGUGGUGGCUAACACUAGAAGGGCAGAGCCUUGGGUGCCCCCCAUGCCAGACCCUCGGGCUAUGCUUGGAGCAGCUGGGAGGGAAGGGACUUGUUUUUUAUAAACACACACACACACACACAUACACACACACACUAGCGCUUUAAGGUGACGUCCUACCUCAAGGCACCUCCUGGGGGGGGAAGGAGAGGAGGGGCGCAGCUCUCCCCACCCCCCACGGAAGGCAGCUGGAGCCCAAGGCCUGCGCGGGGUUUUUUAAGAAGCGCGCUGCUUUCACGAUAUGCUGUUUAUUUAUAAACCAAAAGAAUAAAGGUCCUGUCACUGUUGCCAA